CGUCUAUCCACCUACCAACCUGCCAACGCCUGCCCAGGACCCAGGACCCAACAUCCAGGACUGACAUGCCCACUGAUGAGAUAAUUUGGCUUCGACGCGUUAGUCCCAAUGAUUCCACUGUGAGCUACCGCUACUGCUCCUCCUACUGCUGAUGCUGAGCCUCCUGCUCAGAUCUUGACCGGACCAGGUCGAUCAAAUUCGACAAUGCGCUAGAAGCCUCGAACACAUCCUCCAUCGCUACCAUGACACUGCCAUCUCUUUUCCCGGCUCCCCGUUUCCAGGAAUUUCCUCCACGAUACAAUACCCUCCAUUGCUUACCACUACCAAGGUACUUGCUUGUGAUUUCAUCAAAAUGUUCUUUACGAGCUGACCUCACGCUACCUUAAGUUAGUCGACCCAAGGCACCUCAUCUCCCUGGUCCUCUGCCAUCUCGCCUUGCCUGCCGCUGCCUGGCUUCAUUCUUUCCGUCUCCAUCCAGACCUCUCAUAGCUGGAGACAGCGUUUAAUGACUCUCAUUUGCCGCCCCUUCAACUCCCACCACGAAUCGCCGUGCCUUCCCUCCUGAUACUCGCUCAACCUCCUCCACAACGCAUGCUUCUGCUCCUGUCCUGGAAUGCGCAUACCUUGGUGCCGAGUCUGCCUCUCGUGCCUCUUUACUUGGUCCCCUCGCAUCACCACCUCCACGUCCACCUCCGCCUGAAUUGCUCUUCCCACACCGGUAGCCACCCUGGCUCUCGCAGUCGGCAUCUCUCCUCUGCCCCAAUACCCCAGGCCGCCUGGAAACACAGGCCAUUACGAAUUACCCUGGGAAUAUCAACCCAAUCACCACCGCCCGGGAACAGGGACAGGUGCCCACGACCGGCAGAGGAGGGACAGCGGAGGAGUGCCGCAUCAAGAACCUCCAUGUUCGCGACUGGGCUCCCAGCCGAACUACGAGGCACAAAAGUACAUGUCACAACAGUCCCCAGUCACAGACCUUCCCUCGACAACCUCGUCCGUCACUCAGGGAUCUCUUUCUUAUUUUCCCGCCUCGGCACCGAGCGCAGCGUCUUCGCGCCCAAGCACAGCAAAUGUGGCCCAGUCCGAAGUUCAUGGAGUAUAUGGCGGUGGAUCCUUGACCCAACAAUCCUCCGAGAGUCUUGCCGGUCCAAUGGACCAUCCGUCUACGGUUGGACCGUAUUCUCAACCCUCUGUUAGAGGUCUUGGGGUGCAAAGUAUUCUCAAUCCCCCAGGAGACGACGAGGAGAGGCAGAGUCCGCGGACAAGACUUCCACCUCCUUCCAGUCUGGAGUUUGCUCCACGCCCACAGGCUCGGCUACCUGCACCGGCAGCAUCACCUCGAAGUCGAAAACGGACAGACUCAGCACGUUCUCCGGUCAGAGAUCACGACUUUCCCUCAGGUGCCCGCAUGGGAAGACCAGUUCUCACCCCCAAAUCCCCUGCUCUGCGUGCUGCGAGUCUAGGCGCGAGAAGAAAUCCCUCAUUUCAUGCCCAGAUCCAGCCUCUACAACAUCUACCCACUCCCGGAGGACGGACCUAUACCGCCGAACCGGGACCUCACCGGUCAUCUGACAUCCCCCCUCUCCCACCUCUGGCAAUAGCCACAGGUUCCAACGUGCUGGCUCCUCAGUCUCGGGAACUCAAUCACCCUCGAUCGGCUCAUGCCCAUGAAAAUUCGAACCGCGGACCGGACCUAGCCUCGACCCCUCGAUCUGAGCCGUCCAGCAGCCAUCAGACUCCAUAUCUGAAGCUCGAAAAUCCUUCUCCAAACUACCACUAUAGACCUCCGCCACAAUUCCCGCCCAGCGGCGCACCCUUGCGUGGUUCUCUGGGUGGGUACGGUGCUGAUCACCUGGCGCACGGUCCGCAUGAAGGUUAUCAGGUGCCCCCGCCGGCCGGUUAUCAGAUGACGCUAGACACAGCUCAUGGACCGAUGGUAGUUCCAGUGGAGAUGGAUUUGCAAAAUGCAUCUAAAGUGGCGGAUGAGAAGAGGAAGCGUAAUGCUGGAGCAUCGGCUCGUUUUCGACAGCGGAGAAAGGAAAAGGAAAGGGAAGCUUCUCAGACCAUUGCCGGUUUACAGGUGGAGCUCCGUGAACUGAUCGAAGAGCGAGAUUUCUAUCUGGCUGAACGAAAUCAUUUUCGAGAUCUUGCACAGCGUCACAUCCCUCUGUCUCAGUUGGGCACACGACCUCGAUCUCCUCCACCCCGAGCUCGACGAGUUCAUACUUCGGCAUCGGUGCUUUCAGACCACCUCUCGGGCGAGGACGAGCCUUUCAAUGAUUCGGAGCAAGGUUCGGUGACGCGGAGGCGGCGGACGGGCGAUUAUCAACCAUCUAUGGCGACUCAUACUACGCAAUCGCCGCCGCCGUUGAGCUACGGUGCAUCUUACACGUCUGGACCGUCAAUGCCUCUAUCUCUCCCGCCUCCCAACAUGCAGUACCCGCCCCCGAGAAGCCUACCACCUGCUCCACCACACCACCCCUCUGUGACACGGUCACAGUCUUACGAUCCAUUCCGCCGAGACGGCUAUAGACAGACCUAGAGUUGAAACAAAUGAUGGACCGAUUCCCAGCAGGAAGGAUGGGAUGAAGGUUCCGACUACGACAUGAUUGUACCUACAAUGACGACCAUGAGGGCAACCUCAGAGACGCAGCGUUCCCCACAUUUUAGUGGCGGGAGAUGAUGAAAUGACCAAAUCAGAUUCCGAUGCUCGAAACGUCGACCCCACGGCACACUUUUGCCAAACCCAUCCACAAAACACACAAAGUCGGAAUUGAGACGAUACGAGACAAGACGGUCGGCGUCGGCCGCGUCGUCCUUUGCCACCCCACGCCUCGUUCCGACGGUGAACCGACUUUUCUUUUCCUUUUGUUUGAGCCCAAGUUGAGUGCAUUGCAUCUGCAAGAUACCCCGAACAGACUGUUUAUUUACCUAAUCAUAAGAGGGAGAGAUAUCUAUGUGUAUAUCUGUGGCGUUGAGACAAAUUGACUGGAGAUGUGGAAUAGGGCAUUGGACACCUACAUACACAACGGCGAAGCGGUGGGCGGUCCAACCGAGUCCAUGGUCCGGGGACAGGGGUUUCCUUUGGCGAUUGGAACAUCAGCCAUCUCGGCGGUCACUGUACUUUCUGUAUAUGUAUGUAUAUCCACGAGACACGAGCUCUAAUGUGCAAUAUACCUUGCUUGUUUUUACAAAGUUCCCCUAUCCUCUGCGUCUUUCUGAGCUGGGGAGCGCAGCACGACCAGGGCGUGGCAGAUGUGCAGUGAAGCCUCUGAGCACCAGAGCGGUCGGCUAGCAGGCGUCCCCGAGCCAGUAUCUCGGAAAGACUCACCGCUUCACCAGUCGCUCUCCGAGAUCUGUUCGAUGAAGACGAGCAAGACCAGGGGGAGCGGUGAAGGAAAUUAAUGCAAGGGCGGGUGGCUGACGGAUACGACGAAGCGAGACCUCGGUAGCAAAUGAAUGGUAGACAUGGAAGAUUCCCAGAGUUCAUCAGGUGCACUCAACAUGGUCGUCAACCGCCGUUGCCAACCACUGAGUGAGCCGGUCUCGACGGGCGAUUGGGCAAGUCGAAGCAAAAACAAAUCUCCAGAAAAAGCCCGAGUAAAAUGACGGUCGCCGAAGAGAAAUAUAUGCCGAUGAAGCUACCAGUGAUCUUCCAGAU